UAAAACCCUAAAAACUGUUCAAACAAUUAACACUCCCUCAUGGCCACUGGUCAUCUUCUCUCUUUAUUACCAUGGCAGUUCUCUCAUACCCAUCUUCUUUGUUGCAUUGAUUGUUUGUGGUGGAGUAGUAAUUCAGCCUCACCAUUCCAACCAAGAUUGGCAAGGGCUACCGUCUGAUCUCCAUUGAAGAGUCCCCCGAUGGAGACUUGUGGCCACCUCCAAAUCAAGGAAAGAAACUCUAUCUACGGUCCUGAUAUCCCUCAUUUGCAGCUCCAUGUCAAGCAUGAAACGGACAAUCGAUUGAGGGUUCACAUCACAGACGCAGAGAAGCAAAGAUGGGAAGUACCCUACACUCUCUUACCAAGAGAUCAACCUACACCAUCAAAGCAAACAAUUGGGAGGUCAAGAAAAAACCCAGUCACAGCUUCAGAGUUCUCAGGUUCCGAGCUCAUAUUCAGCUACACCGCAGACCCAUUUGCCUUUUCUGUCAAAAGAAAAUCAAACGGCCAAACCCUCUUCAAUUCAAGCUCAGAUCAAUCAGACCCAUAUGGUGAUUUAGUGUUUAAAGAUCAGUACCUUGAAAUCUCCACCAAAUUGCCCGAAGAUGCUUCACUGUAUGGUCUAGGAGAGAACACACAACCACAUGGGAUUAAAUUGUAUCCAAAUGAUCCUUACACUCUGUAUACACUUGAUGUAUCAGCCAUUAAUCUGAAUACUGAUCUUUAUGGGUCCCACCCAGUGUACAUGGAUUUGAGGAAUGUGGGUGGGGAGGCCUAUGCUCAUGGAGUUCUGUUGAUGAACAGUAAUGGGAUGGAUGUGUUUUACAGAGGGGGUUCUUUGACAUAUAAAGUGAUUGGGGGUAUUUUGGACUUUUACUUCUUUUCUGGUCCUUCGCCUCUGGAUGUUGUUGAUCAGUACACUGCAUUGAUAGGAAGGCCUGCUCCAAUGCCUUAUUGGGCUCUGGGAUUCCACCAGUGCAGGUGGGGUUACCACAACCUAUCAGUAGUAGAAGAUGUUGUUGAGAACUACAAAAAGGCCAAAAUCCCGCUCGAUGUGAUAUGGAACGACGAUGAUCACAUGGAUUCGCACAAAGAUUUCACCCUCAGUUCUGCCAACUACCCUCGUCCGAAGCUAUUGGCAUUCCUAGAAAAAAUCCACUCCCAAGGCAUGAAGUACAUUGUUCUAAUUGAUCCUGGAAUUGCUGUCAAUUCUAGUUAUGGUGUCUACCAAAGAGGGAUUGCCGACGAUGUUUUCAUCAAGUAUGACGGAAAGCCCUAUCUUGCACAAGUCUGGCCAGGAGCAGUCAACUUCCCUGACUACCUUAAUCCGAAAACUGUUGAUUGGUGGGUUGAUGAGAUCAAGCGGUUCCACGAACUAGUCCCCGUUGAUGGUCUAUGGAUUGACAUGAAUGAAGCUUCGAAUUUCUGUUCUGGCUUGUGCACAAUCCCAAAGGGCAAGCAGUGCCCGACUGGAAGUGGGCCCGGUUGGAUUUGUUGCUUGGAUUGCAAGAACAUAACGAAAACAAGAUGGGAUGAGCCGCCUUACAAGAUAAACGCCUCAGGAUUGCAAGUACCAAUUGGGUACAAAACCAUAGCAACUAGUGCAGUUCACUACAAUGGUGUUUUGGAAUAUGAUGCCCAUAGUCUCUAUGGUUUCUCCGAAACCAUUGCAACUCACAAGGCUCUUCAAGGGCUUGAGGGCAAGCGCCCAUUUAUAUUAUCGCGCUCCACUUUUGUUGGUUCAGGCCACUAUGCUGCGCAUUGGACGGGUGAUAAUCAGGGAACUUGGAAUGAUCUAAAAUAUUCGAUUUCUACUAUGCUAAAUUUCGGGAUAUUUGGUGUUCCAAUGGUUGGUUCAGAUAUAUGUGGAUUCUAUCCUGCACCCACAGAGGAGCUUUGCAAUCGUUGGAUCGAAGUAGGCGCGUUUUACCCCUUUUCAAGAGAUCAUGCUAACUUCUAUUCCCCAAGACAAGAGCUUUAUCAGUGGGACUCUGUGGCUGAGUCUGCUCGAAAUGCUCUUGGUAUGAGGUAUAAGCUCCUUCCAUAUCUGUACACGUUGAAUUAUGAGGCUCACAUAAGCGGUGCACCAAUUGCUAGGCCAUUGUUCUUUUCUUUCCCAAAUUUGACCGAGGUUUAUGGGUUGAGCACGCAAUUCUUGCUAGGGAGUAGCGUUAUGGUGUCCCCGGUGCUUGAUGAGGGGAAAUCAGAGGUCAAAGCCCUCUUUCCUCCCGGUACUUGGUACAAUUUAUUCGAUAUGACACAGGCAAUUACAUCAACAGAAUCGCAUUACAUAACUCUUGACGCCCCUUUGCACGUGGUCAAUGUGCAUUUGUAUCAGAACACGAUUCUCCCAAUGCAGCAAGGUGGGAUGAUUUCUAAGGAAGCAAGAAUGACUCCUUUUAGCCUCAUAGUGACCUUCCCAGCGGGGGCUGCUGACGGAGAAGCCAAAGGUAACCUUUUCCUUGAUGAUGAUGAGCUCCCAGAAAUGAAACUUGGAAAUGGGUAUUCCACGUACGUUGAUUUCUACGCGAGUGUGGGUCAGGGAAUGGUGAAGGUGUGGUCAGAUGUUCAGGACGGUAAAUUUGCUCUAGAAAACCGUUGGAUCAUUGAGAAGGUAACCGUGUUGGGACUUAAUGGAAUUGGAGGAGCAUUUGCAAUUAAGAUUGAUGGAAAUCCAGUUGUGGAUACUUCAAAAGUGGAGAUUAGCGCAACGGAACAGAAAUAUCCUCAAGGGUUGGAAGAUGGAGGUGACAUGAAGAAGAGUACGAUGGUAGAGGUUAAAGGGUUGGAAUUGCCCGUGGGUAAGAAGUUCACCAUGUCCUGGAAAAUGGGGAUCAGUGGUUGAAGAUAGAAAAUUAGAAUUUUUCUCCACCUUUGUGUGGACUACUUAUCUAGAUUUUAUUUUUAUCUUUUUCUUUUCGUUUUCUCCUUCCUAGUAAUGAAAUUUUUUCGAGUGUGUUAUCAAGAGUUAUUCGAGGAGAGGAGAUGGGCUAAAGAUGUGCUUCAUCCUUUUCCAUACAAAGAGGCUAAGAGAAUGAGAGAGAGAUCUUGACCUUGCUUGCUUAGAGCUUCUACAUUGAUGUUUUAAGUUGAACUAUAUUAGUUAUGGAGUGUCUCAAUUUAUCUUUAAGUGAAAAGAGCCUUCAGAAAAGUUGAAUUUA